AUGGCGUUUCAUCCCAAUUUUGCUACCAAUGGUCGCUUGUUUGCCUCUUACAACUGUGAUAGGACAAAGUCACCCAGCUGCACUGGAAGGUGCUCCUGCAAUUCUGAUGUGGGCUGCGAUCCUUCGAAGCUUGAUACUGAUAAUGGUGCUCAACCGUGCCAGUAUCAAGUUGUUGUAUCAGAAUAUUCGGCCAAAGGCUCCUCAGCAAAUGUUUCUGAGGUUUGCUCCUCUGAACAUACUCUUCCAAUCACUGUCUUGAUGUUCCCUGAACUUCAUCUGUUCAGUGCUCACAUUCUUCUUGAAAUGCUUUGUCAGGCAACUUCUGCUGAUCCGUCUGAGGUUAGAAGGAUUUUCACAAUGGGACUACCUUACACAUCCCAACAUGGAGGACAGGUACUGUUUGGUCCUACCGAUGGGUACCUCUACCUCAUGAUGGGCGAUGGUGGAGGAAAGGGCGACCCUUUUCAAUUUCGCUCAGAACAAAAAGUCACUUUUGGGCAAAAAAUUAUGAGGCUUGAUGUUGACAGUACACCGAGUAAGUCUUCGAGUCUUUAUGUCAUUUGCUGA